GCGCCACCUCAGUCCACACGGCGGAGUCGGCAACGACACCACCGGGAAGAGAGGCAUAGAGAGAGAAGAUGUAUUGCUGGGUUCGAGCUUCUCCUUCUAAUUCCAGCGGAGUUCCUCCGCAACCUCGUAGUGGACACACCGCGGUGAACCUCAGACAAUCAAAGGUGGUGAUUUUUGGAGGGCUGGUAGAUAAGACAUUCCUCAGCGACAUUACUGUUUAUGACAUUGAGAACAAAUUCUGGUUUCAGCCAGAGUGCUAUGGCAGUGGCUCUGAUGGCCGAGUAGGGCCUUGCCCACGAGCAUUUCAUGUUGCUAUUGCAAUUGACUGUCAUAUGUUCAUUUUUGGUGGGAGGUCUGGAAGUAAAAGGCUAGGCGACUUUUGGGUCCUGGAUACUGAUAUUUGGCAAUGGUCCGAACUUACAAGUUUAGGUGACCUGCCUUCAGCAAGAGAUUUUGCAGCUGCUUCAUCCAUUGGAAAUAGUAAAAUUGUUUUGUAUGGUGGCUGGGAUGGUAGAAAGUGGUUGUCUGAUGUCUUUAUUCUGGAUACAAUUUCUCUUGAAUGGACAGAGUUGUCUAUUUCAGGAGCUUUACCUCCACCAAGAUGUGGCCAUUCUGCUACUAUGGUCGAGAAAAGGUUGCUUGUCUAUGGUGGGAGAGGAGGUGGAGGGCCAAUUAUGGGUGAUUUAUGGGCGUUGAAGGGCCUAAUUGAAGGAGAUAGUGAAACACCUGGAUGGACCCAAUUGAAACUUCCAGGGCAAGCUCCAACACCUCGCUGUGGCCAUACUGUUACAUCUGGAGGGCACAAUCUUUUGUUAUUUGGAGGGCAUGGAACUGGUGGGUGGUUGAGUCGUUAUGACAUUUAUUACAAUGAUUGUAUUGUUCUGGACAGAGUGUCUGUACAAUGGAGACGCCUAUCGACGAACAACGAUCCCCCUGAUGCUCGAGCUUACCAUUCAAUGACAUCCAUUGGAUCCCGGUUUUUAUUAUUUGGUGGUUUUGAUGGGAAAUCAACUUUCGGUGAUUUGUGGUGGUUAGUUCCAGAAGAGGAUCCAAUUGCAAAGCAGGUAACUUCUCCUUCUAGGCAUGACACCGAAAACGAAUUUGUUUCCGUGUCGCGAAGUCAAUUCCCUUCAGAAGACAACAAGGAAAGCCGCAGGGGAGAAUCUUCUGUCCUAGAAUUGCAGAAAAGGCUACAACUUUCUGUUUCACUUUCAAAUCCAAAGAGAAUGGUCGAUGUGGCGGAGGACAGGGAAUUUAUUGAACUAGCAUCUCAGAUGGUUGGAGGGGCUCUAGACGGCAAACAGGCUACACAAGUACUUCGCGAGCACUGGAGGAAUGCUUUGCCAAAAUCAAUUCAAUUGAAGGAACUUGGCCCAUUACUAAGAGAUUAUGAGCGGCUGGUUGCCUUAAGUCAAAAACAAAAUGUUGAAUCUUUUUUACAGUCGCUGGAUCCCGGCCUUCUCAGAAAGGAGAUCUAUCAAUUUUAUCACAUCAGAGACGUUCAUCAGUUGCGGAUGGAUGAUAUUCCACACUUGCUUGAAGAAUACAGACAACUACCCAAUGUGGGAGUAAAUUAAUACUACAAUGUAUGUAUAUGAUGAAUUCGUUCCUGGUGCAUGAGUGCAUCAACUCUACACUCAACAAAAGUAAUGUAAAAGUUUGUAUUGAAAUACUCCGUAAUAAAUAAUAAAAAAAAUAGUAAAGGAUACUUGUAGCU